AUGCCUCCUCCACCACCUCCUCCUCCUCCGCCGCCGCCGCCUGGUGCCAUGGGUGGUCCUCCUCCGCCGCCUCCACCUCCUCCAGGAGGUCUUCCUGCCCGUCCGCCUGCUGGGGCUGGCAACAGAGGCGCACUUCUGUCAGAUAUCCACAAAGGCAAAGCUCUCAAGAAAGCUGUUACCAAUGACCGUUCAGCACCUCAAGUUGCAAAUACAUCAAAUUCGUCGGCACCUCUGCCUGUUGGCGGCGCACCUCCUGUCCCCGGCUUGGGUGGUGCUCCUAAGCCCCCAGGAGGCCUAGCACCACCGGUCCCAGGAGGACGAGCGAGGAGUAAUAGUGAUCAAGGAUCUCGCGAUUCGACGGCAGGCAUUGAUGCCGCGCCGCAGCUGGGUGGUCUUUUCGCUGGUGGAAUGCCCAAGUUGAAAAAGAGCAGGGGAGGCAUUGACACUGGCGCAAAUGCCGAUUCUUCAUAUCGAUCGGAUCCUGAAUCUACUACCUCAGCACCCAAACCUCCAGCCGGCUCCGCACCAAGGCCUCCGUCAGCAGUUGCGCCAGCAAUCCCUGGGCGAGGGCCUCCAGUACCGCCCCCGGGAGGAGCAGCAAACUUGAGAAAGACGACACCAGUGGGAUCCAAGCCUCCCCCUCCUCCUAUAGGAAAGAAGCCACCUCCCCUGCCGACGUCAAGAAAGCCUUCGUCAAUGUCUCUGCCACCAUCCGCGCCCUCACCAUCUUCAGCGCCUCCUGCACCACCGCCUCCUCCGCCUCCUCCAUCAAACAGUGCAUCGGCUCCUGCCGCUCCUCCUCCUCCUCCGCCUUCUGCGGCACCUCCUCUGCCGAGUCAGUCGCCGGCUUCACGAUCUUCAAUACCGCCUCCCCCGCCUCCCCCGCCUGCAGCAUCACAUUCGACACCAUCACUUGCUGCAGUAGCUGCCAUUCGCGCCGCUGGUCAAGCAUCUCCAAGCGCGGCGCCACCUCCUCCUCCACCUCCACCUUCUGGAUCAGUACCAGCACCUCCGAGCGCACCUUCGCCCCCGCCACCAACGACACGUUCUCGAGGCUCAUCCCUUCGUCAGUCCAUGUUGGAUCCAAGUAUGUUCACUUUGACAGCCAAUGGAGCAAAAUCCCCAAGCCCGAAGCACUCGCCAGCACAAACGACCGGUGUUGGUGGUGGGGCCCGUAUUGUGAUCAACGACUCGAGGUGGCAAUUCAAGGAUGAAGGUUUGUUCCCGAAACCCAGGGACUUUCUAGGUGGAACAAGAAAAUAUAGGGCAGGACGAGGCAGCAGUGUACCGCUGGAUUUGAGUGCUCUGUGA